CAUUAAAAUAUAUAUUAACCUACAUACAUAUAAUAUAGUUAAUUAUUUUUUUAUAUCGAGUAAUAAUAAUAUAAUAACAAUAAUAUAAUAAUACACAUAAAUAAUAAAGAAAAAAAAAAUGAAUUCAUUAAAUUUAGAAAUUAAUAAAGAACAAGAAGUUUUAGUUAUUUCAGAUAUUGACAAUUCUUCAAGUAUUUUAGAUGAAAUUAAAAGUCAAUGCAAAGCUUUAACAGAUUCAUUACAAAAGAGCCAACAACAAAAUCAAUAUGACAGCAUUGUUAUCAUUUCAAAUAAAGAUUUUAAUAAGAGUUUAAUUUCAAUGUAUUCAGGAUUAUUAAAAAAGGGUGGAAAACUUUCAAUCUAUCAAACCGGUGAAAAUAAAGAUUUAAUUAAUUCAAGUUUAGACUUCAUGAUGGCAGGUUUAGUUGAUUUUGAAAGUAAACCAAGUGUUAACCAAUUUAAAACAAUUAUUCAAAUUUCAAAACCAUCAUGGGAUACCAAUGAAUCAGAAUCCAUCAAUAUUCCAACAGAUAGUGUUAAUCCAUGGGCUUCAAUCGAACAAUCAUCAUCAGAACGUAUUAAUGAAAACGAUUUAGUCAAUGAAACCGAUAAAAACUCUAAACCAGCCACCACUUUAGACGAUUGUGAAGUUGGCAAAACAAAAAAAGCUUGCAAAAACUGUACAUGUGGUAGAGCCGAAGAAGAAGAAAAAGAAUCAAAACCAAAACUUACCAAAGAAAUGAUAGAAAACCCAGGUGUCAAUAGUUCAUGUGGUAAUUGUUCAUUAGGUGAUGCAUUUAGAUGUGGUGGUUGUCCAUAUAGAGGUUUACCAACUUUCAAAGUAGGCGAAAAAAUCGCUUUACCAGAUGAUUUCUUAGUCGAUGAUAUCUAAAUAAAUAACAAUAAAAAUAAAUAAAUUAAAUUGGUUUUUUUUUUUUUUGUAAUAAAAAAAUAAAAUAAAUAAAAAAAUAAUAAUAAUAGUUUUUAAAAAAAUAAACAGUUUUUAUAAACAAGGGUAUGGUUAAAUUUAACUAUAAACUUAUUAUUAUUUAUUAU